UGUAUAGAGGCGCGUACUCGGGCACUGGGAUAUCACUACUGUAACACUUUGAAACCCAGACACUGGUUCCAAUUUGCGGACGAUACGGCUCUUGUUACAGCGACAGAGGAAGAAAAUCAAAUGAUGUUGAAUGCUUUUUCAAAAUGGUGCAACUGGUCAGGGUUACAAAUUAGGACGGAUAAGUGCAAAACUUUUGGUAUCAAACACAAUGGAAGAAGGUCGACUCAAUAUAAACCAUACUUGAAGGUUAACAACGAGAUGAUUCCACCAGUCGAAAUCGAUGGAUCGUUCAGGUAUUUGGGUAAAAUGUUCAGUUAUACAAUGGGAACUGAUGAAAUCCGAAAUGAGCUGGAGGAAGAGCUGACCAGUUAUUUGGAUAAAGUAGACAAACUUUCGCUCCACCCAAAGAAUAAACUGCUGAUUAUCAACAAAUUUGUGUACAAUAAGCUAAGGUGGCGGUUAUCAGUAUAUCAUUUAUCUGAAUCCUGGGCUACAAAAAGCCUAGAUGGUAAAGUAAUCCAUUAUGUAAAACGAUGGUUGCAUUUCCACCAAGGCCCCAAUCUAACCCACCUAAAGUUAUCUGUUAACAAAUUUGGAUUGGGAUUCCAAUUGCCCUCGGACGUGUUAAAGUACUGUAAGCUCAGCAUGCGACAAGUUCUUUUUAAAUCUAUCAACAAGGAAAUUCAAGACCUUUUCCAUUUAACAUCUGGAAACUAUAUACACACAGAUUCCUUAAUUGUAAACUGUGAAGGACGCCCGAGAAAGGAAUUAUCAAACCAAACUGAAAACAACGUUUUGGAACAUAUUAUGACUCUAAAGGAACAAGGUACGAUUAUGCAGAUCAUGAGGCGGAUAUCAUCGACGAAAAUUAUAAGUUGGUGGAACAAAAUCACGGUCUCGAUGCCCAAGAAUAUAUAUGUCUUCAUAAGAAAAGCUUUAAUAUUUAGCCUGCCAAAUAACUCAAACCUGAAACGUUGGGGUAAAGUGGAGUCUGAUUCUUGUGGUGUAUGUGGAACUCAACGACAAACCCAGCUACAUAUGUUGGCGAAUUGUUCAGUUGCAGCGACAAAAGGCCGUUACACAUGGCGUCACGAUUCCAUUUUGUUUACUAAGCCAGCUCAGUUUAUAUGGUUUUGA